CAUCUUAUAGAACAAAUAGUUCAACGAACCGUAUUCUCUAACGAGAGAUCUAAUUAAUGGUCGCUUGAUCAAACGACGAAGUGAUCGUUGCCAUAACAAAUAUCUCGAAGCAUGAUUUUCAGUUUUACGAACACACAGAGGUUGAGAAAGAGAGUUCUCGAUUUCAUUUCUAUUUUUUGAGAAAAUUAUAAUUUUAAUGCGAAUGAACAAAAUGGCUAUUUAAAUACGAUAAAAUUGGAAUUAAUAUUAUUCGGAAUAAUAAUUCUAUUGGAGAAACUGAAGUAUUGUUAUUUACGUAUGUACGUACAUAAUAUCAUCGAUAGGAUAUUUUUCCAACGUGUUAUUUACAAAAUUACAAUGGGAAUAUAAUUAAAGUGUAAAAUGAUAUAUAAUCAUGGAUCGAACAAAUUCCUUAGAGAAUUUUAUCUAUAUCACAUAUUUAUUUAAAUUUAUGAUAAAAAUAUUAUUUUUCAUUUGAAUAAUCAAAUUAAAAAUCUCAUCGUUAAUCAACGUCGUAAUGUCGUUUGUGACGAUAUAAAGUCCAAUUUAUCAAAAAAUUUGACGAUUAAUCCUUCAAAAAAAGAAAAAAAGAAAAAAAAUCAAAUUUAAAAUCAAGAAUUGCAAAUCGAAAAGAAGGAAAAAAAUAAACGAAAAAAAAAAAGAGAGAGAUAAUUCUUGAACGAAAGAUCAAAGUGAGAUGAAGGAGGAACAAACAAACGGUAAAUCAUUUUUACAAGGUAACACGUUUCGUUAACAACAACAACAACAAUAACAACAACAAUACAACAACACCACCUAUCAUCCCUUCCCUAAAAUCUACACGUACAUGAACAAAUUUACACGAAUUGUUAUAGAAAAGGAUUUAGUAGUUAAAAUCCAGUGAAAGAAGAAUAAGAAUAAGAAGAAGAGAAAAAAGAAAAAGAAAUAUAUAUGAGAGCACAAGCGACAAGAGUUACAACUCGGCUGGUAGGUUUUUCACUCUGGAAGAUUGUAUUCUCAGUUUUCACCACCGGCAGCACCAGCACCACCAGCACUAUCGUUACUAUUACUAUUACUACUAUUACUAUUACUAUUACUAUUACUAUUACUAUUACUAUUACUACUACUACUACUAUUACUACUACCUACUAGUAGUGAUAUAUACUAAAUAACGAUGGCAAUCGUCAUAGCACGUAGAUUUUUCACGUUCUAUAUCAAAAUGGGGAAAGGACAAAACGAGACGCGAUGUCGGUGUCUCGACGUCGGCCGUCGUUAUGGUAAAAAUGUGUUGGUACGUGCCCACGUUAACUUCUGGAUAAAAUCCGCUAGGCGAGGGGGUAGAUGAUAAAAGGUUGUGUGUUAGUGUAUAUAUAUAUACACAUAUGUCUGUACAUAUGUGUGUGUGUGUGUGUGUGUGUGUGUGUGUGUGUGAGUGGGAGUGUGUGCGCGCGGGGUAUCGUUUGGUUCGAUACGUGCGCGCGCGCGGCGCAAACGAAUCGGCUCUUCGCGGACAGUGCCGCCACAGCUCUCGAAAGAGACGCCCGUGAUUUUGCACCCCCGCUCGCUCGAACCAGAAUCUACCGGACUAUACGACGAGGGUGCACCACGGCUCUCUUCUAUCCGUCUAUCUCUUUCUUUUUCUUUUUCUUCUUUUUCUUCUUCUUCUUCUUCUUCUUCUUCUUCUUCUUUUUUCUCCUUCUCCUCCUCUUCUUUUUUUUCUUCUUCUUCCUUUUCCAUUUUUUCUAUUUCUUCAUCUUCUUCCUCCUUUUCUCAAUAUUCUCUUUCUCUGAUUCUAUAUCCGUAUAUGUCUUUAUCCCUCUCACCCUUUUCCCACGUUUCUAUAUUCCCUAUUCUAUAUUCGUUCAACCCUUAACAUUUAUUCUCAACUCAUUCCUAUUAUUCUUAUAUUAUUUUCAUCGGUCUGUCUCUUUUCUUUUCUCUUAUCUUUCUUCUUCUUCUUCUUCUUCUUUUUCUUCUUCUAUUUAUUAUUAUUAUUAUUGUUAUCGUUAUUAUAAUCUUUUUAUUCAUCCCAUGCACUUUCCUCGUACCAUUGGCGUCCUCCUCGUGAAAGCACGCUUGUGACGUGCGUUCUAACGCUACGUUAAACGUAAGCGUACAAAUUCGCGAGUGCAGUUCGAAGGAAUAUAUCAAGAGGAGGAGGAGGAGGAGGAGGAGGAGAAGGAGGAGGAGGAAGAGAAGGAGAAGGAGUAGGAGGAAGAGAAGGAGAAGGAGGAGGAGUAGGAGAAGGAGGAGGAGGAGGAGGAGGAAAAGGAACAGCACCUAUUGAGCCUCCCAGUAUUUUUGUGAUUGUGAGAUGGUGUUCGUGAACGUGCUGGUGCUGGUUGCUACCCUCUGAUUGAAGAAAGGAGAGAAGGAAGGAAGGAAGGAAGGAAAGAAAGAGAGAUAGAUAGAUAGAUAAAUAGAGAGAGAACGCUAUUGUUAGAUUAGAAUAACUUUUCCAAGGAAAAGGAAUUUAAUUAAGAACGGUAGUAUUAUAAAAGAAAAAAAAAACAAAAACAAAAAGGAAUUAACAGAAAAGUAAAAAAAGAAAAGGAAAGAGAGAGAGAGAGAGAGAGAGAGAGAGAGAGAGAGAAAAGAAGGGGAGAAAGAAAAAAAAGAGAAAAGGAAGCACCAUCGUCAAAAAAAAAAAAAUCCACGGACGUUUUUCUUAGCAAUGAGAAAGAACAGUUGCGCGUUGACAAAUGCCGCCGUUAUGAUUCGUCGGGAGUAUAUCGACGAUGAGUUCCUGUCUUUGGUUGUUCAAGGAGAAGGUUAAGAUCGUUAUAAGGGUAGAAGCGAACGAAGAAAGAGAGAAUAGAAGAGGAAGAGAUCAACGAAGAGGAGUAGGAGUAGAAGGAGUAGGAGAAGGAGAAGGAGGAGGAAGUGGAGGAGAAGUCCGAGUCGGAGUAAUAGAAGUAGGAGUAGGAGGUGGAAGAAAAAAAAGAAGAAGAAAAAGGAAAGAGGAGGAGGCGGAGGCGGAGGAGAAAAAGUGGAGGAGGAGAAGGUGGAAGAAGAAGAGGAAUAAGAAGGUGAUAGUAGGAUCAUCAGAGAUGGAAGGUACAAGGUGAUGAAUAAAGUGCAGAGAUCCCAAUGAUAUCUCGGCGAGGUGGAAGCGAGGGGUGUAAAGGUCCACCCAGUAGUCCGCCGAGUAGCGGUUCCGAGGACAACGGAUUUGUUAAUCGUCCUCGGGUGGCGGGUCUCUACGUAAAGAAUCUUAGCAGAGAGGAGUUGGACAGUUUAGCGGAGGAAGGGAUUUACGGGCCAAAGGGCGAUCCAAGCGAUGAGAGAAGACGCGACGGUGGUAGUCAAAGGAGUUUGAACUUACCAGGUACGAGUCGAGAAUUUGAGGGACAUCAUCGUUAUCCCGUAGGAUAUACCUCUAGGACACCCCAACCACCUAGAAGAUCGGGUAUAGGUUUUAGAUAUAAUGAGAAUGAAAGAAGACUCGAACAUCAUGGUUCUGUACCGAUCGAAAGAGGUUGGUCGAGACGGGUUUUUGAGGAGGGCUCCAGAGUUCACGGUUCACCCGUACGAGAAUCAUUCGGUUCCUGUGAGAGUUGGAAAUCGGUACAACACGGUUUACGUAGGAUCGAUUGCAAUUCACCAAGAGGUACCAGUAGUACCGCUGAUCUACGUGGAUUUACGAUCGAAUCGAGAUCAUCCGUUUCUCGCAAUACGGAUUUUGCCUUUGAAAGGAGUCGCUCCAGGAGCCCCGAGGAACCACCGGUUCCUCCUACAGCCCGUAGAACGCGAACGAGGACGGACGAUAAUCGGGAAUCGCUUAACAAUAAGGGCCAAACGACAAGACGCUCGCCCCCACCUUACGCUGGUUUGAGUCCACCGGAGUACACGGUUUACGACGAUUAUGAUUACGAGGAUGGCCUCUCAAAACUUUUCCCAAGAUGUACAGGGAGACCGUACGCCGAUAGUCCACAGUACGAACAACCAAAGAUAACGAAUAUUACGGAGGGAGAAAUACUAAUAGAUAAUGAAAGAAACGAAUCGACCAGGGAUAACGUUAAGGAAGAAGAAAACAUUAAAACCGAUACGAUGACUCGGAUAUCGCCAACGAUGCAUGAUAAUAAUGGUCCAAUUUUUAAGGACAACGAACAGGAGGAAACGACGACGACGACAACAGUAACAACAACAACAACAACAACAACAACAACAGCAACAACAGCAACAACACCGCCAUCGAAAAAAUCAGUAUCAUCGAAGAUCCAAGAUAGUACGAGAUUGCGUCCACCAUUGGCAGGUACGGCGGGUACAUCCGCGGAUUCUGGUACCGGUGAUUCCGGAAGUGCCGAGAUCCAAGCUGACACCAUUAUGGGAACACCAAGGGGUAGCACGACUAUAACACUUGAUACCGUUGUCGCUAAUGUCGAAGGGAAAUCACCUGGUUCUAAGACACCUGGCAAGGGUGGUAAACAAACAGUCAAACCAUUUACGAAGGAGAGCCUUGACAGGUUAGAAAACCGUACGGUACAAUUGGUUAGAGAUUAUGGAUUUCAACCUAAAAGGAAGAUGUCGGUCGAAGACGGUGCAGUUCUCCCAAUGAAAUUCGAACCUUUCCCGACUGAACUUUAUGGCAGGCCACUCGAAGAAAUCGAUAACUUUAUAUACGACGAGACCUUCUGCGUGGUGUCGAAGAGAUUUCGAAAGAAUUACAUCCACAGGUUCACCGCGACGAAUAGUUGGUUUAUAUUUUCCCCGUGGAAUCCUAUAAGACGGUGUUGCAUCUUCCUGAGUACUAAUCAGUACUUCGAUUACAUGGUUAUGGCCACCAUACUACUUAAUUGCGUCUUCCUGGCCAUGACCGAAACCGUCGAAGAAGCCGAAUAUAUCUUCCUAGCCAUAUACACGGCGGAAAUGGUGAUAAAAUCAAUAGCCAAGGGAUUUAUAUUGAACAAAUAUACCUAUCUAAGAAAUCCUUGGAAUUGGUUGGACUUUGUGGUGAUAACUAGCGGUUAUGCUACUAUCGGUAUGGACGUUGGUAAUCUGGCUGGCCUUAGGACAUUCAGGGUCUUGAGAGCAUUUAAGACUGUAUCGAUAAUGCCAGGCUUAAAGACUAUUAUUAAUGCGCUCUUGCACAGCUUCAAACAACUAGCCGAGGUAAUGACACUAACGAUCUUCUGCCUUAUGGUUUUUGCCCUAUUCGCUCUCCAAGUUUACAUGGGUGAACUUAGGAACAAAUGCGUGAGACAUCAAGAACCGAAUGACACCCAGAUCGAUUGGAUCGAGUGGACUUGGAAUUCAUCCAAUUGGGCUUUCAACGAGUACGAAGAGCCAAUCAUCUGCGGCAAUGUAACUGGCGCCAGACACUGUAACGAGAGCUACACCUGCCUUUGCGUUGGCCCGAAUCCAAACCACGGUUACACCAACUUCGAUAACUUCUUGUGGUCCAUGCUAACCACCUUCCAGCUGAUUACGUUGGAUUAUUGGGAGGACGUCUAUAACAAGGUAUUGUCGGCGUGCGGACCUAUUAGCGUCUCGUUCUUCACGGUGGUCGUGUUUUUUGGUUCAUUUUAUCUAAUCAAUUUGAUGUUGGCUGUUGUGGCACUGAGCUACGAGGAGGAGGCUGAAAUUACGAACGAGGAACGAAGGAAGGAUUUAACCGACCAUCGUGAGGACUCGACGUUUAGUUUCGACCCGACGAAGAUCAACAUUAAGACGCUCACUAAAGAGAAGCAAAAAAAGAUUGACGCAAGGAAGGGAGUAUUACUGAGCAGUUACACGAGAAAGAAGACGAGAAGAAGAAAACGCGGUAGGAGUUCGGCGGGCCAAGAGAAAAAUGGUGGCGCACGUAGCAGAUCGGUUACACCAAGUCCAAGUCCAAGUCCAAGACACUCGAAUGUAAGACCGUCGCAUCUUCCGUUACAAAAUGUAACGCCAAGGCCACCGGAAGCUAGUACGGUUCAUAGAUUGGCACCGAAUCGUGGUAUGUUACAUUCGAGACAGGCAAGUAACAACAGUAAUCAACAAUCGUCAUUAGACGAUUCUGGUGUUGUCGAUGAUCACGACGGUGACGACGUUACAUCUGCCGAAGAACAUGAGAAACGUGAACAUCAACAGAGAGAACAUAGGGUAGAACGUCAAGAUAAGGAUAAGGAUAACGAUCAGGAUCAGGAUCAGGAUCAGGAACAGGAUCAAGGGGAUGAAGAAACCAAAAUAGAUAUCACUACUCGUACCGAUUGUCAACCAGCACCUGUUACCGUUUCCGUUAAAACGAGCAGUCGAGAGAUCAGAGUUCUCAAAUGCAAUGGCGUCAAAACGAAGAAACAUAUGUACGCGCUGCCUCCAGAGUACCUGUCGCAUAUUGUAGUUUUAGACGAUCUUCCAGAUAGAAACUGCGAGAGGUGUAUUCAAUGUUGCGUAGACUACGAGGGAUGGUUACGUUUUCAAAAUUGUCUUUAUAAGGUCGUAAGAGAUCCGUUGUUUGAAUUGAUGAUCACCCUAUGUAUCGUAUUGAACACUGGUUUUCUUGCGAUGGAACAUCACGGUAUGAGCGAGUCGAUACGACAGGCAUUGAACAUCGGGAACAAAGUGUUCACGAGUAUCUUCACCUUCGAAUGCUUUUUAAAAUUGUUAGCACUUAGCAAAGAUUUCUUUAACAACGGUUGGAACAAUUUCGAUUUGAUCAUAGUAUCAGCCUCGUUGAUCGACUUGACGUUCGAAUUGGUCGACGGUUUAUCAGUUAUAAGGGGACUAAGAUUGUUGAGGGUAUUGAAAUUGGCACAAUCAUGGACGACAAUGAAGGUCCUAUUAAGUAUAAUAAUAUCAACGAUCGGCGCAUUAGGUAAUCUGACCUUUGUCCUUGUUAUCGUUAUAUACAUAUUCGCCGUUAUCGGCAUGCAAUUGUUCAGUAAGGAUUAUACAUUGGACAAAUUUUAUCCUGAUCCUGUGCCACGUUGGAACUUUAACGAUUUCUUUCAUUCGUUCAUGAUGAUAUUUCGUAUAUUGUGCGGCGAAUGGAUCGAACCAUUAUGGGAUUGUAUGCGUGCCGAAAAGGAGGACGGUCCUGGUACAUGUUUCGCAAUAUUUUUACCGGCACUUGUUAUGGGAAAUUUUAUGGUACUCAAUUUAUUCUUGGCCCUGUUACUCAAUAGCUUCAAUUCCGAGGAAUUGAAGCAAAAAAAGGAGGAAGUCGGGGAGGACUCGAAAUUGGCCAGAUCGUUCGAUCGUAUACGUUCGAUUGUUAAAAAGAAAAAAUAUCGUAAGGAAAAUUCGGAAAAUGAAAAAAAUAUGAGAUUGGAACAGAUAGUGCGGGAGGUUAUGGAUAAGUCAGAUAAAGAGAAAUAUGCUAUACAGGAGACGGUAUUGAGCCUACCAAAGGAUAAUAUAUAUAAUAGAUCUUAUCAGGAGAGCUUGAAUCAACCUGUAUUUACGUAUGAACCGAUAUAUCGUCAGGCAACAUUGACUACCUAUAGUCAAAGUAGUCAGGAGACUGUUAAGGAAAAUAAAAGGAUUAACGAGAGGGAUGAGAUUAUUGUCAAUGACGAAACUAAUGUCGAGGAAACUAUAGAAAUGGAUGUAUUAAAGGAUCCUAAUAAAAUGGACGAGGAAGUUGCUAUGUUACCGGAUGAGAAAUCAUCCUCUCAACCGAUACGUAAAGAGGAAAGAAUAGAGAAACGACCUUGGCAUGCAUUGGUCAGUUAUGUCGACGAAUUGACUGUUGGUGGUAGAAGAGAUAGCAAAGGUAGAUACAUUGACGGAAUAGGCUCGUUUCCAAUGUUUGGACGUAAUAAAGAGCCAAAGGAACCACAGGAUUGUUUUCCCCAGCAUUGUUAUCAAAAAUGUAGCUGUAUCAAUCGUUGCUUAGUAACUGACAUAGGAAGAAAAUGGAUAAGAAUACGUACUGUUGUACUUUCUGUUGUCGACACACCUGCCUUCGAAUGGAUGAUCCUAGUAUUGAUAUUUGCAUCCUCGAUAACGCUUUGCUUCGAAGACAUAUAUUUGGAUGACAAUCCAUUCCUAAAGAAAAUCCUUUAUUGGACCAAUCUAGCUUUCUGCGCUUUAUUCAGCAUCGAGAUGCUAUUAAAGUGGUUGGCAUUAGGAUUUUGUAAAUACUUCACCAGUUUCUGGACGAUCCUGGAUUUUAUAAUAGUUUUCGUAUCCAUGUUUAGUCUUUUGAUAGAAGAAAAUGAAAAUCUAAAGGUACUACGCUCGUUGAGAACGCUGAGAGCACUGAGGCCUUUAAGAGCGAUAUCAAGAUGGCAAGGCAUGAGGAUCGUAGUGAACGCGUUGAUGUAUGCGAUACCUAGUAUAUUCAACGUGCUCCUCGUCUGUCUCGUGUUCUGGCUUAUAUUUUCGAUAAUGGGAGUCCAAUUUUUUGGCGGUAAAUUCUUCAAAUGCGUCGACGAGUAUGGAGAAUUAUUGGACAUAUCGAUAGUAAAUACGAAGGACGACUGUUUGAAUAAAAAUUAUUCAUGGGAGAAUAGUAAGAUAACAUUCGACCACGUUGGUAUUGCUUACUUGGCAUUGUUUCAAGUGGCAACAUUCGAAGGUUGGAUGGAAGUAAUGGAGGAUGCCGUUGAUGCAAGGGGUGUAGAUCUUCAACCCCAAAGGGAAGCUAAUCUAUAUGCUUACCUUUAUUUCGUGAUAUUCAUCGUGUGCGGCUCCUUUUUCACAUUGAAUCUAUUCAUAGGAGUUAUUAUAGAUAAUUUCAACAUGUUAAAAAAGAAGUACGAAGGUGGCGUGCUAGAAAUGUUUUUGACCGAGAGUCAAAAACACUACUACACUGCCAUGAAAAAGCUCGGCCGUAAAAAGCCGCAAAAAGUAAUAAAACGUCCGAUCAACCAAUUCCUCGCAAUGUUCUACGAUCUGUCCAAUUCCCGAAGAUUCGAAAUAGCAAUCUUCGUUUUGAUAUUUCUGAACAUGCUGACGAUGGGAAUCGAACAUUACAAUCAACCACAUCCAAUAUUUUUCGUCUUAGAGGUGUCUAAUGCAUUCUUCACGACUGUCUUCGGUUUGGAAGCAAUAGUCAAGAUUAUUGGAUUACGUUAUCACUAUUUCACCGUACCGUGGAAUCUAUUUGAUUUCUUGCUCGUCUUAGCUUCUAUAUUGGGAAUACUUAUGGAAGAUAUUAUGAUGGACUUUCCCGUGUCCCCGACGCUCUUGCGGGUGGUGAGGGUGUUCAGAAUUGGUAGGAUCUUAAGGCUCAUUAAAGCCGCUAAGGGUAUUCGUAAACUUUUGUUCGCUUUGGUGGUCAGUCUUCCGGCAUUAUUCAACAUUGGAGCUUUACUUGCCUUGAUUACGUUCAUCUACGCCAUCAUUGGUAUGUCCGUAUUUGGACACGUCAGGAAACAAGGAGCUUUGGAUGAUAUGGUCAAUUUCGAAACGUUCGGCCGUAGCAUGCAAUUACUAUUUCGUUUGAUGACAUCGGCCGGCUGGAACGACGUAUUGGAAUCAUUGAUGGUACAACCACCUGAUUGCGAUCCGACCCCAACUAGUAGGAAAAUGAAUGGCGAUUGUGGUUAUCCGUUAUUGGCAAUAACGUACUUCACUUCUUUCAUCAUCAUCAGUUAUAUGAUCGUUAUCAAUAUGUACAUCGCUAUCAUUUUGGAGAACUUUAAUCAGGCUCAUCAGGAGGAAGAAAUUGGUAUCGUCGAGGAUGAUCUUGAAAUGUUUUACAUACGUUGGUCCAAAUACGAUCCGCAUGCAACCCAAUUCAUCAGUUUCUCACAAUUAAGCGACUUCAUAGCGAGCCUAGACCCACCUCUGGGAAUAUCAAAGCCCAAUGUCGUUGCGUUGGUAAGCUUUAAUCUUCCCAUCGCGAAGGGUAACAAGAUCCAUUGUCUGGACAUCCUCCACGCACUUGUCAAGCACGUUCUUGGACACGUUGAAGAAUCCGAUGAUUUUCGUAAGCUUCAAGAACAAAUGGACGUUAAGUUCAAGAAGCAAUUCCCAACUAGAAAGGAAUUGGAAAUAGUGUCUUCCACGAGAAUUUGGAAACGUCAGGAUAAGGCUGCCAGGCUUAUUCAACGUACGAUUAGAGAAUUUAUCGCAAUGAAGAAGGAACGUGAAAGGAUUGCCCAAGAAGUGGAUUCGCAAACGCAAACAUCGAGUCCUGGUGGUGUUGGGAGCGAUGGUAGGGGCGGGGGUGGGUGGGGUGGAAAGCUGUCGGCCCUGCUGCACGUACACAGAGGUAGCCGGGCCAGUAGCCGCAAGUCCUCCAGGGCCAGCGACGCCAGCGAUCUCAGUGAGCUCGGGACAGCAUCAGCUUGGCUAUUUCCAAAUUUACCUUUGCUGUUGCUCUCCGGCGCCACGGGAACCCACGAGGACCUGCAACCCCCCGCCCUCACCGUGUCCCGUCCCUCACCGACCACGGAACAACCAUCGGCCGCGUCAAGUUCUGGAUCUGAUUCUCACGUUACCAUUAGAUCGGUCGGUGCGACGUUGGGCCGUCAGGACGCCGUGGAAACUUAUCCAGACGAAGACGUCCUGAGUCCGCCGAGUUCGAAACGAAGUUCACUACGUACCAGCGGUACGACAUUGUCCCUGAACACUCUCCAACGGGACAUUAAGGAGGCCUUCAAUCGUCGUUGCAGUAGCCUUCGACGACGUCCACUAGCAGUACCAUUGACAACAAUAAUAACAACAGCAACAGCAACAGCAACAGCAAUAACAGGAACAGCAACAACAACAACAACAACAACAAUAGGAGCAACAGGAACAUCACCGACAUUACCGGAAUCGGUAUCACUUCCUAUAGCUGACGGAAGUGACGUCAGUAUAUUGGUGACCGAGCCUAGCCCAGAAAAUUCAGCGCCUCCAUUGUCAAGGCCACCGUUGAUAAGACAACAAUCUGAGGCUACGGUUGUUCAUGUACUUGUACACAGAGAAAGCGAGGAGUAUAAGGAUCAGCAAGACGACAGCUGAUGAUCUUAAAUAAUUGAUAUGUGAACUUGGGCCUGUGUCCCUAUUUCGUUUUUAU